AAGCUGAGCUUUUUCGAUACGACUCUCCCUCUUCUGUCCCCUUCAAUAACACACAGCAGGGCUGAUAGGCAGAUAUAUUUACACCGGUAUCAUGGGAGGAAGAAGUCAUCAGCCAAACCCCCGUCCAGCCUCCGGCUCCUACGGGCGGGUCUGCGGCGCAACCCCCAGACCGCCUAGCCCCUCCCCAAGCGGGGCAUAUCUCUGUAUGCUUCGCCUGGCUCCCAACUCAGAGCUCUCAGCUUAGAUGGGACCAAAUCCUCGGCGAGACUCGCACCACUUCCACAUCAAGCCCCCCCCCCCGGAGGGAGACAAGGGGAGCACCCGGAGAUCCGCUCGCUAGUGUCAACACCGGCGACUGAGAGAAGCUCUGUUCUUAAUUUGUCUCGUUGGUUCAAUAUUGGCAAAGAUCUGUAGAUGAGGUAGGCACGGUUUGCUCCAACUCAUCUCAGUCUUGGGGUCCAGAAGACGCCAAGGCCGCCGGAGGCCCAGGUGCGCAUGACUGUAUCUCGCAACUUUUGAAGCCUGGAACUGUACUCCAAAGCAUUAUGACUCUUCUGGGCUCUGAACACUCCGUACUGAUACGAAGCAAGUUUAGAUCAGUGCUACAGUUAAGACUUCAGCAGAGGAGGACACGAGAGCAGCUGGCAGACCAAGGCAUCAUGCCUCACUCAGCCUCAGUCAGGUUCUCACUGGAGGACCAACUGAGGGUAAAGCGAGGCCGCCUCGCAGAGGAACUCAAUGAGAAGCUGGCUCUCAGGCCGGGGCCCCUGGAGCUGGUCCAAAAGAAUAUCAUUCCGCUAGACUCUGCCCUCACCAUGACAGUAAACCAUGGCAAGUUCCCCAAGCAAGAGGACUCGUACGCCUUUGAAGAGGACAGCAGCAGUGAGAGUUUGUCUCCCGAAAAUCAUCACAGCGACGAGUCUCAGGGCUCGGCCUGCCCUUCGUCGGAGGCGGUCGGCAGCAUGCAGUCCUCCUCCUCCUCUCCUGCACUCGCCGGCGCGCAGCAGGAAGGCACAACCAGAGACCCGUCGGACCAAAGCCAGGACGAAGGACUAUCUGGAGUUUGCAACAACCAUGCCAACCCGCCACUGGCAGUUCCCGCUAUUGUCAAGUCCAAGACAUCAGACAAGAACCGCCAUAAGAAGCCCAAAGACAUGAAGCCGAAAGUGAAAAAGCUCAAAUACCACCAGUAUAUACCGCCGGACCAGAAGGCUGAUAAGUCGCCUCCACCUAUGGACUCGGCGUACGCCCGACUACUCCAGCAGCAGCAGCUGUUCCUACAGCUGCAGAUCCUCAGCCAGCAGAAACAUGCUCAAACUCACUCCCAGUCUCAGCAGCACACACACACAGGACAGAUGCCGAGCCAGUCUCAACAACGGCAGCCUGCCUUCAGUUAUCAGCCGCACUCGCAGACGCAGAUGCAGAAAGGGUCCGGCGAGCAGCUGUCAGUUUGUACAGCCAGUGGUCCAUCGAACGCUGGAGACGGCUGCUCUUCCUCACCGAUCAAGACCACAUAUCCCAACCAAAACAACAUCUCCCCCGUAAAGCCAGGACCCCUGCCAUCCAAUUUGGAUGACCUAAAAGUAUCAGAGCUCCGACAGCACCUGCGUAUCCGUGGAUUGCCCGUGUCAGGUACCAAGACGGCUCUUAUUGAACGACUCCGGCCCUUCAAGGACUCCAAUUCCGGCUCAUCUCCAUCGGGCUCCUCUGAUGUCACCACCUUGACCUUCCCGGUGACUCCGACAGGCUCUCUCUCUUCUUACCAGUCUCCAUCCUCUUCCCUAUCGCAAGGAGGCUAUUACCCUUAUCCCAGCACCUCUUCUACCCCGCCAAUCUCACCAGCGUCUUCGGAGCAUUCCCUCAGUGGUUCCCUCCCAGACAGUUUCAGCGAUGUGCCCAUGUCCUCUCCGCCGCAGUUUGCUCUGCAGGCAUCUCCGGGCCAGCUUGGCGCAGAUGAUGCGCUGGGAGCGGGUGGAUCGCGAGCAGGAGAGGGUGGAGGGAUGGAUGGCAUGGACGCAGAAAAAGACAAAAUGCUGGUCGAAAAGCAAAAAGUGAUUGAAGAGCUGACAUGGAAGCUACACCAGGAGCAAAGACAGGUUGAGGAGCUCAAGAUGCAACUUCACAAGAGAAAACGCUGCUAUGGAGCAACCGUCACUCCAUCUCAGCCCCAUAAUCUGUCCAUGCAUAAUCCGACCCCAUCGAUGAUGGGCCAUCACCCAUACGAGGUGAACAUCAAAAAAGAGCCGAUGUCAUUGUCCUCAAGCUGUCCGCUCUCCUCACCCAAACAUAUCAAGAGCUCCCCGGGGAACUGCAUGGAGGACAUGGGACAAUGCAACGCUAUGCUCCCAAAUAUGGGGGGCGAUUGCGGGCCACACUGUAUGAACGCCACCCCUUCCUCAGCCAGCCCGUCCACCAUGACUGCUUUCCGCAGUCCGCAGUGCUCACCGCAAGACUCACCCAUCGGAAAGCCUUCCGGAAGCCCCCAGCCAUCAUCACCAAGCAACCCUUACAUGCUAUCACCUCCAGUGGGGAGGGACGGCUGCAGUCACCCCGCAACCCAUUGCGGCGCCAGAGGAUGCAUUAUGCAGGUACCUCACAAGGGUGGUUGUCAACCCAUCAACUGUUCUUAUCCUACCGACCAAAGAGGCCUUCAGGGAGUUUAUUCCAAUAUAUCAGAUUAUAGCCUCACUCACAAUGGCUCAGCCAAGCCUGUCAACCCAAAUAUGCAACCAAAGAUGUCAUUUUUGCCCCCUCCUCGUCACGUUGGCCAAAAGUGCCAAGUCUCCUUCAAUAGCUCACAUUCGUCUGACUUAAGCCAGCCCCCAUGCUAUGAGGAUGCAGUCAUGCAGCAACUGACCAGAAGUCAGCAGAUGGAUGAACUUUUGGAUGUCCUCAUAGAAAGUGGCGAGAUGCCAGCUAACGCCGGAGAAGAGAAGGAGAGGUCCUCUGUAACCAAAGUCUUGCCUCACAUUACUGUGUUCCCAGGGUACCCCAGCCUACUCGUCCCAAGGCUCCACCGCCACUACGAGCACCACUCACCCACACAGCUUCAUUUUGACCACCUGGACACUCUACUGGGUCCAAUGAGCAGGGGAGGUGAGGCAACCUCUGUUAAGAUGGUCACAGAUGAGAGGCACCAAGAAGACGAGGGAAACCGAGACAGCGAAGGAUACAGCAGCCCUCAUAAUCACCAGCGCCAUCCUCACCACCCCCAACAGGAGAAAGUCGGGGCCAACAGAGAUCUGCUGGACACGCCUCUUUCACCCCUCAACAAAGUGUCUGCUAUCCCCGAAGUGCAGGGGAUGGUCAGCAUGGCUUUCAGUGAAACCCCGUGGGAGACGAUGGAGUGGCUGGACCUGACGCCACCAACCUCAACCGCUGCCUUCAAUGUCCCAACGCCCAUCGUGCCCAGCAUUUUCAAUGCAGAGUUCUUGGAUGUCACUGACAUGAAUUUAAACUCUGCUAUGGACCUUCAACUGGAGCACUGGUGAAUACAGACGAGCCAAAGGCCAAGACACCAGCUUUUUUUUUUGUAACUGUACAGAUCACAAGAACCAGCUACGGCAUUUUAGCGAAGAAAAUCAUCGAACUCCGAAGAGCCAAGGCCCCUCCAAUCUUGAUUCAGGCCAAUCCUGACUCGUCGCCAAAACGGACGUUAUCAUGAUGCACCUUAUGUGUAUAAGCUGCGGCAUUCAGAUCAAUUCAUUAUUUAAGGAAAUUUCUCAAACACACGAUCGUGCCUGUUGAAAAAAAAACAUAUGCAAGUUUUAGACGUUGUCCCUCGGACCACCGUUAUUCAAAGUUUUACGGAAAUUGGUCAAGUAGUUUUUUUGCGGAUGUAUUAUUAUUUUUUUUUUUUGUGGAGCAAUCACAUUCGAAACUCAAUGACAGUUUUUGUAUAAAGGAGUCUUUGAGAAAAAAACCCCAUCUAGUAUACAAACAGUAAUAGAGUCAUAGAUUUAACACAGUAAAGUUCUCUGAAGAGACAGUUGAAAACACUGGUUUGUGUUUUUCCAGACGAGUUGUCGAUACCAGUUUCAAAACUGUAUUUUUUCAAUAUUCAGUCAUCCCUGAAAAAGCGAAUUCCCGGUGAAUAUGAAUGAAAUAUUCUUCAGACAAUUACAGGUACCAUAAAGCUUUAUCAUAUACAACUUAGAAAAUGUUAAACGUGUUAACAGCAUCACUACUCGAAGCCUGUUUUCUAUUUUUUAAGUUUUGGGGCCUAUGUUUGUGUAACUUCAGUCUUUGAAUGUAAAUAUGAACAAAACUCACUGUGCACCUUUAGUAUGUAUGUUUUAUGUAUCACCAAUAAGUGAUAUCUUAUUUGAUCCACUUUGCUUUGUGGUAUUAAUACAAAUAUGCAUAAAAAGUCUGCACACCCAUGUUGAAAUACCAGUUUUUUGGUGAAAGAAAAAAAUUUGAACAAAAUCACUGAAUGUGUCCUAUAUCCUAUACUGCCCUAUUUAAAAAAAUGAAAUAAAAUAUUUUUCAAUAGGGAAUUAAAAAUAACUGAGAUAAUAUUGCUGCACAAGUGUGCACACCCUAAUAUAACUGGGGAUGUCGCUUUAUUUUUUUCAGAAUCUACCGAUCACAUUUUAAUUUAUAAUAAAUGGGAUCAAGAAUAUACCUGCCACCAUUUAAAAUAACUUUCAAUAAAUGUAAAUAAAUUUCAGCUGUUCAAAUCACCUUUCUGUGAUACAAAGUAUUUUUUCUUUUUGUUUUUGAUUGAUAUGUUGUACAUAUAAAUACAAAAAAAAGAUGUCAAACAUAAAUCAAAAGAAAAAAAUCCUCAAUACAUACUUUUAAUUCAAUGCAGUUUAGAUGCUCAUUUAUUAGGGGGGGGUGUUCACUUGUGCAACCACAUUUUCUCAGCUCAUGAAAAGAUGUCAAUGUGCUUUUCAAAUGGGUUGUAAAAAUCAUAGGGCACAGUAACUCCCAAAAAAUACGUCAUAUUUUUUUCUUGGUCUCAAUUUUUUUUUUAUAUCACAAAAACCUUUAAACGGACGUGUCAACUUUUUUACAUGCUCAUGUGUACAGAUGCCAGCAUUCUUUGGAGGGACCCUUUCAACUCUUUAAACUUGUUUCAUUGUUAAAAAUAUGUAUCCUUGAGUGAUAUUUUAUUAAAAACAAAAUGCCUUUGAUUUUUUUUAAUUGUUUAAUUUUAAUCUAUUUUAAGCAGCAGAAAUUGUGCAUGUAACUAUCAUUUCUGCUUCCAUGCAAACAUUUAAAACAAUGUCAGAUCAAUUUCAUUGUAACCUUCAUUUUUCUAACAAAUAUUUUUUAUCCUAAAAUGUUCACCCCUUACAACUCCAAGCCAGCCACAGUUAUUUAUUUUUCAUAAUAUUUGUACCCUUACUUGUAUUUAUACCGGCAUUCCUUUCUAUAGAGAUUGCCCCCCAUUUUGGAUUGAAUAGCAAAGCCCAGUGUUGCCAUUUGACCACAGACGUUCAUCUUUUAAAACGUGACGCAAACUGCAAUACCCACUUCAUAAUUAAUCGUUUUCAUAAAUCAUUUUCCCAUCACAAAUUUACUAGCACUUGUGAAUAAUAAAUGUGAUAUAUAAGUGUACCUGUAAACAGACUUCUACUGUGAAUACUGCCUGAUGGCUUUUACGACGGGGGUGCCCCAAAAAGCAAAUCCACUUUGUUGCACAUGCAAAUAGAACGCGUUUGACAGCUCUUUGCUUUCUUGCAGGAAAUGAGUCUGCUCAGAUGCAAGACUGCAUCAUGUUCUCUGCAAACAUUGAUCACCAAUUUGUUGUCGCAUCGGUCAUGGUUAUAUACAACAUUUUUAUAAAAGCAGAACAUGUCCCUGCUCCAAAGAAAGAUAAAUGGAUUCACACAGAUCAUUCGCUUCUUGGCAUUUUUUUAGGAACCGUGACAAUAUGUACACCUGAUUAACAUUUUUUUUCUUUUUACGUAAAACAGUCAUUGGGUGGAAAAGGGUUUAUUGGAGAUAAGUAUAUAAAGAAAUGGAAAUCAAUCAUCCUUGUGCACGGUACUUCGGUUUUAUAAUGUUUAAAGGGACCCUGACAUGAAUUUUGCAGCGACGACAAGCGACUAAGGCUAAAUCAAAAUAUUUUCGCGAUUUUCCGCCUCAUUUUAGAAUUACAGAUACCACUUGAACGGUCUACUGUUAGGCUGGCACUAACAAGCGGAUUUGGGUGAGCGUGGUCAAGGAUCGCACGACUCCACAUGCUGGUUUUCAUACCGAAUCUUUCACGUCGGCGCUUCUCUGUACCUGCACAGUUGAUUGUGGGUGAUAGCGGAGUUCGUGCUGAGUUUGAGUGACGUAUAAAACGCGCGCUUGAUGACGUACACCUGAAAAAGUGUGAUUAGUGACGUAUUACUGAUGCGCCCAUUUCAUAUUGCUGGUUGGUCGAUGUUGACACAAACACGGGUCGUUUUUCUCACAACUUUGGGUACUUAGUCAGGCUGGGCAAUGAAUAUUUAUGAUUAAAAAAAAUAUUAGCUUCAUGAAGCAGUUGUGAACAUCGAAAUAGCAAGCCCAAUGUUGAACAGAGUGUGCCAUCUAGAGGAGUCAAAAAAUACAACUGGUUAAUGAAGGAAAUGUGAAGCUAGUUUCCCACCACUACAUACAAUACUUGACAUACCAAAACAUAUAUUGAUAUUUAAUAUAGGUCAAAACAGCAAUUAGGUCCUGGAAUCAUUCCCCAUCGUUUCACAACCUUACGGUCAAUAUCAAGGAGUAUUUGAGCUAUUCUGGGAACUCUUAUUUUUAGCCUUCUGUAUAUUAUGAUGUGUUUACCUUGCAUCCUUGCAACCGUGGAAUCUGUUUUUGGGGGGAUUUAUUUAGCAAUAAUUUUCCCUGCCCAUGACAAAAUUUGUGAAAAAAAUAAAUAAAAAGAACAAGGAAGAAGAUAGUACAUGCCUGACAGAAGCUGCAAUGUUGCUUAGCCACUGACUUCCUUAACAUUGUUUUUUUUUAAUUCAUGCAUUCCUGUACACGACAGUAAAACGGCAAUAAAUUCACCACAGCAAAAUA